AUGGCUAUGGCAUCUCCCACCGUCAUCGGCAGCUGCUACUGCGGCAAGACACGCUACCAAACCACCAGUCCCAUCUACGGCCUCUCCUUCUGCUACUGCACAAUAUGCCAGCUCGUGCACGGCGCGCCCUUUGCGCCCUUCGUGAACGUGCAAAGCGAGCACUUCCACUGGAUUGAAAACGCAGCCGUCGUCGAACUACGGCUUACCGACUUUGCCACGCGAACUGUCUGCAGUUCGUGCCAUGCGCCGCUGACAAUGGUCUAUGAUAAGAGACCGCAGGAGACGGGGAUUGUGGCUGUCACGGUUAAUGAGGAGGAGUCUGCGGUGCCUGUUCCUGAGUUGGAGUGUCAUAUAUUUGUCGAGACGAAGCCGAAGUGGUAUAGAAUCAGGGAUGAUGCGCCGCAGGAUCUGGGUGUGCCGGAGGAUAUGAAGCAGUAUAUGUAUUGA